AUGGGAGGAGGUGAUUUGGAUGGGCCUUAUGAUAAUCCUUGUUUAAAAAAGAUUCUUGCACAGGCCUAUCAUGAUGCCAUUGGUUCAAGUAAGGGUGAAGCCAUUGAACACUCUCAGAUUAUAACCAAUGUUAAACUUCACUAUGGGCCGUCAGGUUGGGUGUCAAUUUGCAACAAUGUGACAUUUAGAAAUGGAAAAAUAAUUUAUUCAGUUCCAAAGCAUACAGAUCGAAAACACAACGUUUUUGAGCUUGAAAUGUUGGAAACGAUUGCUAACAAGAAUAAUUCAGAAAUAUCACAAUGGGUUGACCUUUCUACCAACAAGUAUUUACAAUCCGUUGACGACACUUUGAAAUAUUUUGAAAUUACGAACCUACCUAGUGCUCAAGAUAUCGAAAGAUGGAAACACAAAUUUCAUAUUGGAUAUAGAGCCUGGAAUUGUUAUUGGAGUUCGAAAUAUCUCAGUGACAUGUCUGUCUCCAUUUCAAAAGACGACAAACACUUUUUGACCUCUCUCAAAAAACGAAUCUCAUCAUUGAGCAAAUCCAUAUUGACAAACGCCGAUUUCAAUGGUACAACAAGUUCGUGGAACAUGAGAAAGGAGAAAAUUUAUUAG